CAGCACGAAUAGCUCUACGAUUUGGAUUGCAGAUUGACAAGAGGAGAGGUGAAUAACUCUUGGGUUGCAGAGAAGAGGCAGUUCAUCAUUCAAUCAACUUCACUCUACCAGCUCUACAACCAAAAUGUCAAAUCUCAACAAACUUGACUUUGUCGCUUUGGAAGUUUCCGGAAGGAACUAUCUCAAGUGGACCCAAGAUGUCAAGCUUCAUCUGACUGCAAAUAAGAUGAGAUCAACGAUUAUUGCUGACAACAUCACCCCUGAAGACAUGAAGGCAAGGGCUAUGAUUUUCAUCAGGAAACAUAUGGAAGAAGCACUCAAGGUGGAAUAUUUAGCUGAAGAAGACCCACGAUCUCUUUGGGUCGCUCUAGAAGAGCGAUUCAACCACCAAAGGGCCAUCUACUUGCCGGAAGCAAGGCACGAUUGGCAGAACAUACGUUUCCAAGAUUUCAAGACUGUCAAUGAGUAUAACUCUGAAAUCUGCCGGAUUCGGUCACUCCUAAAAUUCUGUGGAGAAGAGCUCACAGAAGCCGACCUACUGGAGAAAACUUUCUCCACCUUCCCACCUUCCUGUAUGGUCCUGCAGCAACAAUACAGGGAAAGAAACUUUGCUAGAUUCUCCGAAUUAAUCACCAUCCUGUUGCUCGCUGAAAAGAACAACAACCUACUUCUGAGGAAUGAUCAAGCAAGGCCCACCGGUACUAGAGCAAUUCAUUUGCCUGAAGCAAAUACUAUUGCCCAUCACGAAAAUAAUCGUGGAAGGAGGAACCGGGGCCGUGGAAGGGGAAGAAGGUCUGAACGUCCAAGGCAUGGAAGGAGAAAUGGGCCCAGAAAUGGCCCAUAUGAUCGUGACCACCCAGGCAAUGGCCCAAGGGGUCGAGGAGGACGUGGACAAGGCCCACGUGAUGGAAACCGAAAUGGCCAAGUCCGACAAGCUCAAAUUAGAGAGAACCCUGGUCCGGCCCGUCGCCCUCAAAAUCAGCAUAAUCUAUGUUUAUAG